AGUGUUGGCCCUGACUUUCUCAGUCCAAGUUUUUAAUUAUUUAAGAGGCAAUCAAAAGCAGUUUUCGAUUCGGAAAUGGUGCGCCUGGAGACGAGGGAUGGCAAGGUGAUACGAGUGAACCUGGCUCUGCUCGAGCGAUCCAUUGUGAUCCAGGCAAUGUGCAUCUUUGGUACGGAUUCAGAGGACGAUGACUAUGUUCUUCCGCUGCAAGGCAUCAACAGCGAUGCCCUGCUGAAGAUUCUUCUGUGGUCCCAGUACCACCAGGGACAUCAGGAGCCCGCCUGGGUGAGCAAAGAUGAAGCACUUCCCGCCGAGGAGAUCGAAAUCCAAACUUCAGACUGGGACAAGGAGUUCCUGCGUCUGGAGAUCGACCUCGUUGUCGAUAUCAUGGAGGGCUGUAACUAUCUGGAUAUCUCCUGGCUCUAUAAGCUCUGUGCCCAUAAACUCGUUUUCCACAGUCGGCGCGAGCCAGUGACCCAGUUUGAAAAAUAUCUCGAUAAGAUUCCCUCUUUGACCGAGUUGCAGGCCCUCUUCACUGAACAACCCCUCAUCCCUGAACAGCUCCUCAUCACUGACAAGCCCCUCUAAGUAUUCUGAUUUCACUUUUGAUGUCUUUCAAAAUACAAAUUUGGAGUCAGGGCUGCA